CAUACAUUACAGCGGGCAUACGUGUAGUAGGGCAGGGUAUCUUUGCCUAUUAGCUUCGAAUUCGACCCGACCCUCGUUUUGAGGAAGAGUGGAAGAUUGGAAGAUUGGAAGAUUGGUAGAGUGGAAGAGUGGCAGAGUGGCAGAGUACCAAGAGUACGACGGUGGACGAAUACCACGACUUGCUCGACUAAUCGAUUAAUCGACCUUAAACGGCUUAAACGAUAAGGGGGCGUCAAUGCUCAUUGCGACCAGGUUGACCAGGUUGUCGUCGGCGCGCCCCUCCUAAAUCCUCCCACGUCUCGCUACCACCUUCGCCGAUUGUUGCUAUUAUCUGCUAGCACUCUUAGCACUCCUAACCCUGGAGCACUCUUAGCAUUAUUAGCAUCCUUAGCACUGCUAGCGUACUAUUCCUAUUACUCCCGCUAUUGCUGCAACCUCUUUCUCCCUCCUCUCCUUCUCGUCGUCGUCACAUUUUAAAUCCCAUCCCGAUCGCCGCCACCAUUGCUACCGCAUAAAAUGUCCGAGUAUCGUCAUAUUCGAUCCGGUAGCUUAAACAUUCCCUCCCAGACGAGUACGAUGAGUCCGAUAGUUCCGUCGCACGGUCGCUUCGACGGCCCCCGAAGCCCGCCGAAUACGUCGCACGUACCAUGCAAAUUCUUCCGACAGGGCGCUUGCCAGGCUGGUUCUGCUUGUCCCUUCAGUCACGACCUCGGCACCGCGUCGGAAACGGUGUGCAAGUACUUUGCCAAGGGCAAUUGCAAAUUCGGGCCUAAAUGCGCCAACGUCCACGUUCUAGCCGACGGCAGGCGAAUCAACUACGGCAAGAAUGGUAUCACCAUCGGCCAGCCCAUCCACCUCGGGAGCCGAGUCAGUCCGACCAGCUACAACAAUUCGAACAGCGCCCUGACGAAUUCCUUCAUGCGUGCCGACGCCAACUCCUCCUACGGCGGAACGUAUAACGGCUACCCGAUGUCCCCGAGCGACACCUACCAAUCCAUUGAUCGCCGACCAAGCUUAGAGAACGUUCCUACUAUCGACACAACCUAUUCCCAUACGAGUUCCCAGUACGGUUCGCCUCGAGAAGAGGAUCCGACACGCCUAGGCCUGGGUCUCUCCCCGGUUGCGGCGAAGGGUUUAUCGGUUCUAGACGCACCUCUUCCCGCUUCAUUCGACUCGAACGGAAUUUCUAAUGCUGCUCGAUAUCCCGGAGGGCCGUGGCCGUCGUCCGUGCCCUCGCAAUUUGGGCUCGAGUCACCUUCGCCGUCAUUGAACGCGGCCAAGGAAUCGAGAACGUCGGAAACCCUCAAGCUUCUGCACCACUCCGCCUUCGGCAGCAACGAACAUCUAUCUUCGGGGGCACCCGGCUCUUCGCCCACCACCCAACCCUCGGACGAGUAUUUCGGUAGACGCCAGAUGCAUUCGAGCCGCUAUGCUAAGCCUAAGAUGCUCAGCAGCAGCGCGCCUCGAGCCAUAACGGGCGCUAUCGUCGAUCGGGACUGGGAAUCGGACUUCUCUUUCUUGGAGGAGGAUUACCUGCCGGACAAUCUAAAAGACCUGCUGACUCCGGCCGAGAAAGCCCGGCGCGGGUCGCGAGCGGCCGACGAGGAAUCGAACGGUCACAGUCACAGGGGAAACGGCAACUCGCCUAGCAUCGUUGGCAUGAGUGGCACGGGCACGCCCAAUGGGGAAGUCAACUCCAAAUUCGGCAGUCCCAUGGCCUCGAGCCCAAGCCGGUGGGGCCCGCUCUUCCAGCGACAGCACGAGGAACACGAGGCGAAGAAGCACGCCGCUGCAGCUAGCGCAGGUGCCUUCGGACACGUUGGAAGCCCUCUUCGCCAAUCUAGCCUCAGCGCUAGCGUCGUGCGACCACAUAACACGAGCCGGUCCAGUAGCAUCGAAGGUCUCAGCGCCUUGACCCAGCAACUGCAACGUACACGCAUCGAUAGCAACGGGGGCGAAUCACCUCAUCUCCAUCCCAAUUCGCACGCCUCCCGACCGUCCAACGGCCGGGGGGGCGAGCGCCACGUCAGCAGUGGCUCUAUUAGCUCCAGCGCCCGAUAUACCACCCCGAUAGGAGAGGAGGACGGCGAAUUCGUCUUCAGCAUGGACGAGGACGGCGAGCGAGACAGUACUAUAAGAGCGCGGAAGCGGAUGUCCGGCGUCGGCAGCGCCAUGGGCGUCUGGGGUUCGAGUUACGCCGGCGUCGUCGCGGGUCCCGGAAAGAAGGAUGACGGCGCCGCCAGAGUUGUCGAAGGGGUCGGCGGCCGGUGAACGACUUGAUCGACCGGGCGGAAGCGACCGAGGAUAAUAAUGGCAAUGUCGUCGUGCCGGAAGAUAAUAUUAUCGCUAGAGGAAGAUACCCGAGUCUAGGAGAGACCAACACCCCGAAGGAACAUGCGCGCGCUCGAAAUAUAGACGUUUUGAGAUGUCG